UGAGUCACUUCCUCCAUUAUUUGGCAGGAAAGGGCUGUCCUUAUUUGACUAGGGAGGAAAAUGGUGGAAAGCAGAGACAGACGGCUUCAUUAGACAGAGAGAUACCAGCUGUUUUAUCUCUGCCUCCAGACUCACUUUGUGUGGACCUUAACGUGGCAGAAGAAUGGCUGACGCACAACAGAUCAAGAAAACUGCAGCCAAGGUGCUGUCUUGCGUGGAGAAGGUCUCCUCCUUCGCCUCCUCCAUCGACCCCAUCUUUGGCAUAGUCUCCUCCCUGGUUGGGGUGGCUCGCAAGGGCCUGGUGGACGAGGAGGGCCACCCUCUAGACAAGGACUUCCAGGCGAUCAACACCAAACUGGAGAGCAUCUCCCAAAAGAAUCAACAGUGCCUUAGAAAGAUCCGCAUCGACGAGGUGAACGAAACCUACGGCAAGUACGAGGAAUACAUCAAGCACCAGUAUGCUGCCUUCAACACUAUGGUGGCUCAGGUGAAGAAAGAUCCAGACAACAACCAGCGCUACAUGGAGACUUUUGAGAAGAUUUAUGAGAGAGACAAAAGUGACCUGAGUCUGGAUGUGUACUACCGUGGUGUGAUGGGUACCAGCUCGCUGUUCGGAAGACCCCUGCUGAAGGUGUACCUGGACAACUGUGACGGCGACCGUGUGAUCAUGGAGCACCGCUGUUCCCACAUCGCCCACCUGUUCCACAUGGGCCUCAUCUCCCUCAUGGCCUACACAGCUGUUACAGAGGACGACGAAGACGAAGUGCGGGAUAAGUGGGCCAAGAGGGUGGCAGAAAUCCAGGAGAAGAUGCAGGAUGUGCUCAGUCAGUGCAAAGACAACUCGUCCUGAACAUAGACCAGCAAGGAGAGGACGUCCUCUGUGUUUGGUGGCUACAAGACUGGGAACAAAGUGUACUCUUAACUGUGGACCAAUGGAAAAAACACAAAUUAUGUUACAAAAUAUCUAUAUAUACAGUAUAAAUAAAACCAAAGCCACGUUUUGUGCACUUGAACUGCACCUGCUAUUCUUAUUGCAGCAUUUUAGUUAUUGUAUCAACAUUGUAUGUUGUUUUUAUUUCCAAGAGACCACUAUAUGUUUGAGCUGCUUUAUGUCAAUAUAUGCUGUAGUAAAAUGUACACAUUAUUAGUUGAUCAACAAAAUCUAUUUCAUCCAUACCAAAAAACAACAAUUUAUACAUUAGAAAUGUCAUGUUGGAUUAGUUUGUAAAAUAUGCAAUAAAGCCUUUUACCUGGGCAUAGCUCUGAAUUAAAAAUGGAUUCAUACUUUGUAUCCACACAAACAUAUACAAAUACACACACCCCUCUUUUAGAAAGAAGGACUUUAAAAAGUUGUUGUUGAAUAUACCUAAUGAAACAGAACAGAAUGCUUUCAUAAAAGCAGAUAAACAAUAAACUUGAACUCCUACAAAUCUGA